AAAGGAGGGUCGACGUUCAGUCAGUCCGCAAUUGCCGCCCGUUGAGCGCGCACUACGGACCUCGAACCGUGUGCCGCGGACGAUUGAACCUAUACAUCAACGAUACGCUCCCAAGUUUACAGGAUUUACUCAUGACAACAGAAUUAUCCUUAAAUCUGUGAAACGAUAGGCGGCGUAGUUCCUGGACGACCGAAGCUUAUAUUUGCGCCGGUGUUUUCGUUGCGAGUGACGUUAGAGAUAAUAAUUAUUUUAAAAAGACGCACCGCGUGGCGUUGAUAUUCCUCGUUCGACGCGUGUCACGGAGCGAGUUAUACGAACGGGAGGGAGAACGAUAAAAAAAAAAAGGAAAAGCGAGCGACGACCGGCGGAGCAGAAAAAUUGAGGCGAGGAUCCGACGUCGCGGUUGUGACCCAGUUGACCGGGGGAUUGAUCGACGAAUUGCACACUCCUUCGGUCCACCCCGUGGCAAUCGAAUAACGCUCUCUAUUCAUCCGACGGCAAGUGGUCGCUGGGAGACCAACGUGGUAACCACGUGCUCUCGCGCGCUGUACGGCGAACACCGCGGCGCAAGACACUACCCCGACGAUCCGACGGUGUUUCAAAGUUUCUUGUUAUGAACUCCUACAAGUGCGAGGUGAAGGUGAAAUCGAAUAAAAGUAACGGAGUGUCGGUGCGUUGAACGAAUUCGUCGUACGUACGCCUCGACGACGAUACGGCGGGGCGUGUGAACGAAUCGGUGUACCCCGAGAAUCCUUCCGGCUCGGUAUUUGCCCGGGGGCUGUAUAAAGGGGGGGGGGCGCCGAGGACCUUGAAAGAUAACGAAGAAGAGGCCGGGGGGCUCGGACACGAGAGAUCUACAUGCCAAGUGUUGCCGCACUGCUGCGAUGCUGAUGGGAUUUUCGCUCCCAGUGCAGAGGGUGCAGAAGCGAUCGUCGUCCUUAUCGGGGGCCCUGGAGGCCUGCUAAGAUGACCGCGCGUCUUCACUCGCUGAGGCAUCAGGAGAAGAAAGCCACGGGAAACAACCAGAGGCAUCAUCAACAGCAACAACAGAGCGCGGCUCAACAACGAGGCGCCAGCCCAGCGCCGAGUCCCAGUCCAAGCCCAAGCCCCACUCCAAAACACUCGGACGGACGAAGAGCUAACAAACCACUGAUGGAGAAGCGACGUCGGGCGCGGAUCAACCAGUCGCUGGCAGCGCUGAAAGCGCUGAUACUGGACAGCGCGCGUCUAGAAAAUACGAAGCACAGUAAACUAGAGAAGGCCGAUAUCCUCGAACUCACCGUCAGGCAUCUCCAAAGACAGAGAUCCUUGGCACAGCCAGGACUCUCCAGGUACAAAGCCGGCUACCAGGAUUGCUCCAGAGAGGUAUCUCGUUAUCUCGACGCUCCGGACAUAAUAACCGGGAACGCCUCGCCCCUCGACCCCUCGGUUAAGCAACGUCUCCUCCGUCAUUUGGACAGUUGCGUUUCCGAACUGGAUUUAGACCUCGGUUCACGUCCCGACAGCGGCCUCGGUAGCAGUCCCGGCAGCGUGACGGAUCGCGUACCGGGAGCACCGAGUCCCGGACCCCUGGAUCACCAUGCACCGGUAACCCCUCACUGCAGCGCCUCCCAACUUCCCGCGGGAACUGGGGUGGGUGCCGCGAUAAAGUCCGAGAUGCCGGAGAUCAUGGAAACCGCCAGACCCGACAGCAGCACGAACGCCGGCGAUGAAAACAACAACAGCAGUCGUCCAGCGUCCGCGUUCAGCCAGGUCAACGCCGCGGGACUUCCCGCCGAUCAGGCCUCGACUUCCCAGUCGCAGAAUGCGAACAUGCUCUCCGUCGUUCAGGUGAUACCGUCCAGGCUUCCGGACGGCCAGGUAGUCUUUCUUCUGCCGAGUCACUACGUACAACUCGCGGCGGCGGCGGCCGCCAACGGAAUCAGCAUCGGUCCCAAUCCGCCGACCGCUAUCUGGGCGGCGACGAACAUGUCGCUCUUGAAAGCGACGGACAAAUUGGCGAAGAGGCCCCACGACGAACCCCCCGAAUGGGGGGACGGCGUCAAGCCCAGCAAGAGCCCGAGGAUCGAGAGAUCGGAGGGGCAACAAAAUCUACAGAGUGACGACGCUCACUCGAACGGCUCCGUCGACGAGAGGGCCGACCACCACCACCACCACCACCACAUGGAACAACUCCAGCACGAACAACCCUUGGAUUUUACAACCCCCAAGAAGAUCGCGGCGGUUAACGGAAAUCUGAACGGUAGUCAGGACGUUGAUUCGGUCGCGCAGGAGAGACAGGGGUGUCAGGUGGACGGAAGUCAGGGGGAUCUGGAAAUAGUCUCGAAUCGGGAACAAGGAAAUCGACCGUCGAGUCGCGCGGCGAGCGAGGGACGCAGAACUGCCUCCCCGCAACCUGUGCAGGCGGUGCCGCAACAACAGCCUAAAGACGAAGAGGGAAUGUGGAGACCGUGGUAAAUAUUGUAGAGUCAGUGAUAUUUUAGGUGUUAGAGCCAACGAAACAGACCUAUGCGGAGAGUGAGUGCGGGUGAUAGUUGAUUUCACGAAUUAUGAACGCGUUCGAAUAUGUGUGACUAAAGCGCGAAUCGCGGUCCCGGAGCAGUUGAACACGACUAGUUGAACGUUUAAAAUUUGGGUAAUGAGUUCGCGCGUGUGUAUCGAACAUUGUCAAAAUUGAUGUACGUGACGAUGAUACGAUGAUUAUCGCGAAAGCGCGAGAGGAGAGAUUCGACGGCGGCUAUUGUACGUAUGUAUAAAGGCGAUGAUAAAUUAUAUGGUAAAUAGAGGGAUAUGAAUGUGUAUAGAAAAAUAGAAGAGAUUCAAGAGUAUUUAACCCCGUUGUCCCGUACCACAUCCAAUGUAAAUAAAAAAAAAAAAAAAAAAAAAA